CGCAAUCCAAGGAGUAUUUUGUAUUACUCUAUGAUAGAAGUUAAAAGAAGGCGUGGUUUGUCUUGUUUGUUUUAUAAACUUAAAACAAGGAAUUGUGACAAUUCGUUUCGUGUUGACAGUGUUUGGUGGUCUUAAAUUGGUUCGGACAGUUUAAAAUGGUUGCUACUGAGGUGGAAGCGAGUGUCCGCAACCUGAAACUGUCUGGGCACGUCGGCUUCGACAGUUUGCCAGAUCAGCUUGUCAGCAAGUCUGUCCAGAAUGGCUUCGUGUUCAACAUCCUCUGCAUCGGGGAGACGGGCUUGGGGAAAUCCACGCUGAUGGACUCGCUGUUCAACACGAGCUUCGAGUCCACCCCCAGCCCGCACACCUUGCCGACGGUGAAGCUGAAGGCGCACACGUACGAACUCCAGGAGAGCAACGUCAGGCUGAAGCUGACGAUCUGCGACACGGUGGGGUACGGGGACCAGAUCAACAAGGAGGACAGCUUCAAGGCCGUCGUGGACUACAUCGACGCGCAGUUCGAGGCGUACCUGCAGGAGGAGCUGAAGAUCAAGCGCUCGCUGUCGACGUACCAUGACAGCCGCACGCACGUCUGCCUCUACUUCAUCUGCCCCACCGGGCACGGGCUCAAGUCUAUUGACCUGGUGUGCAUGAAGAAGCUAGAUACGAAGGUGAACAUCAUUCCAGUCAUCGCCAAAGCCGACACCAUAUCUAAAACAGAACUCCAAAAAUUCAAGUCGAAGAUAAUGUCGGAGCUGGCCAGCAACGGGGUGCACAUCUACCAGUUCCCGACGGACGACGAGACCGUGGCGGAGGUGAACGGCUCCAUGAACGCCCACGUGCCGUUCGCGGUCGUCGGCAGCACGGACUUCGUGCGCGUCGGCAACAAGAUGACGCGCUCCAGGCAGUACCCCUGGGGCACAGUCCAAGUGGAAAAUGAAUCGCAUUGCGACUUCGUGAAACUUCGUGAAAUGCUCAUUCGUACCAACAUGGAGGACAUGAGAGAGAAGACGCACGCCCGCCACUACGAACUGUACAGGAAAAAACGAUUGGAGCAGAUGGGGUUCAGCGACGUGGACUCGGAGAACAAGCCGGUGAGCUUCCAGCAGACGUUCGAGGCGAAGAGGAACAACCACCUGCAGGAGCUGCAGCAGAAGGAGGACGAGAUGCGGCAGAUGUUCGUGGUGCGCGUCAAGGAGAAGGAGGCGGAGCUCAAGGAGGCAGAGAAGGAGCUUCACGCCAAGUUCGACAAGCUGAAGAAGGACCACGCGGAGGAGAAGAAGAAGCUGGAGGAGACGCGCAAGAAGAUGGAGGACGAGGUGAUAGAGUUCAACCGCCGCAAGCAGCAGCUGCAGCAGCAGCAGAUGCCCAGCAGCCACCACACCCUCACGCUCGGCAAGAGCAAGAAGAAGUAGGCCUGCCCGGGACAACCUUCAUCUCCCUUCCGGCAGGCUUUUCUGCCUUGACAGUUACAUUGGUAACGAAUUUUGCAUCUUUAGGCAAGACGUCAGGCAAACUCUGUUGUGGGUGCGGAAGCUGCAAAACAUUGCCGAUCCAAAAGUUUCACAAAUAACUACUGUAUCAAGUAGUAGCUCGGCUUCUGGGUUUGAAGCCGCGUCCUUGGCGAAUCGUUCACCGACGUUGCGGUCAGCGUUGCAGUUGCCAUCAUCAGGGAGCUGUUACCUACUCCAGUACCUACAGUAGGUAACUGCUCCCUGACGAUGGCGACUGAAACGUCGACCGAAACGUCUGUGAAUUAUCCGCCAAGGACACAGCUGCAACCCAGAAGCCGAGCUACUUCAGACAAUGGCCGUGAAGGCCUGCAAACAUUAUUAGUACUGUAUCGUUUUGUGAGGAAAUUAUGUAACUAAUAAAAAUCCUCAUAAUAGUUCUUAUCCGCUUGUACUCCAUUGUAUUCAGACUAUUUGCAUGUUGGAUAGAAUCUCGGUUAUUUUCAAUAUGUCGUGUAGGGGCUAUAUAGCUGCAGGAGUAGUUUGUUCCUUAUCAUAUGUUUUGUUUUGGAAGGUAAAACUCAACUAUGCAUUUCAUGAUUUCAAAGAGGCAUUUAACACUUUUAAGUGCAGUUUUUUUUAUUUAGUCUGUCAGUCGGCAUUCAAAUGCUAAUUACGUUUGUUCACUUUUCAUAUGAUAGCUGACUUCUGUGAAACGUGUUUGGUAAUAUAUGACUGAAAAAAAAGAAAUGUCCAGCAUUCUAACCAUGCAGCAUACAAAUUUAGAAUAAAAAUAAUUCUACUUAAAAAUUUUAAAAACAAUUUUUUGAAAAUUGUGGAAUAUGUUAGUUGGGUACAUUAACCAAUGCAUAUUUUGCUAGUCUUUAAAGUAUUAAUCUUAUGAUUCCUGCUAUUACCCAGAUGUUGUUUUCCACCAUAUUCUUUCAUUUAACAUCACCUUUAUUCAGUGUUGUGUGAUAAAUGGGCAAAGAUAGUUUGGUAGUCCUAUACAUCCCACUUUUCUCUCAUCAGACUCAUCUUUCAUUACAUUUUAUGUUUUAGUCUGCCAAAUUUUUAAAUUAUGUAUUAUAAAACUGUCAAAAGCAUAGCAUUAGUUUAGCAUGUAAUGUAAAAAAACACGAAUGUUAGGAUAUUAAAAUUAUAAUUUAACACCUCCUUCACCCCUUUUUUCCCCAUGGACAAGUCUUGCGUAUGCCUCUUCCUUCAUUCUGGUUCAUAUUUCAGAUUAGGUUGACAAUUUUUUUUUGUUUCUUCCACAAUCUAGAUUGAUUUCAGAAGGGUCAGUCCUAGAUAUCUUAAGUUACUCCAAACUAUGAUAUACAUUAUGAAGAAGCAUUAGCCCACAGAUGAUCUUGGAAUGUUUGUCGGUACAGGCAAAAUGUCCGUUAGCACGCGGUAUUCUUUAAUUCAUUGUCGUUUCCUGCUUUUAAGUAUGCCAAAGAAUAUGUGUGUGUACGGUAACAUAAAGGUGUCGGUUCUUUCUACACGUGUACAUAUUAUUAAUUUAUUGUAUCUGUAGGAUUAAUUAAUUUUUAGCAUGCAUGUUCUUUUUUUUUUGUAACUUGGUAAUAAGUCUUCCUUUUUUAUAUAAAUGUUUUUAAGUUGUUAGUGAGACAUGUAGUUUAUGUAGACUACACUUUGUGUUGACGGUGUAUUUGGGGAGGGUGAUCAGGAAAGUCACGUACUCCGCUAAGCUGGUUGGAGGCCAGUUUUGAGCUACAUUCCCAGAUUAUGUAUGUCCAAAAUUUAAUAAAGCCGUAUCAGGGGCGCAACAACUAAAUUUCCAAAGGGGGGGCAAUAUACUUUAUUAUAAAGAAUCAUGGAUCCCCCCUAUUGAAGCGGGGGGGGUCUGGGGGUCCUCCCCUGGGAAAAUUUGUAUUUCAAGGUGGAAAAUAGUGCUAUUUUAGCAGUUUUAUUAUCUAAAAAUUGAUUACACAGCACUUUCUUUGCCCCCGUUUGCCCCCACUUCAAGGUUUCAGGGGGGGGGGGGGCAAAAUACCCUUGCCCCCCCCCCCUGUUGUUGCGCCCCUGAGCCGUAUACUAUACACAAUGUUGGCUGUCGCUAGAUGUUCAAACUCAUUGCUUUUAAAUUGCAGUAUUCACUCGAAUCUAACAUGCCUUACAUUCAAAAAUGCUUUCCUCUUCGGUCAUUUGUUUCUUAAAAAAAAAAAAAAAACUGUUUAAAAGUUUAAGUCUAGAGCAGGGUGGGAAAGGGAAUUUUGGUUUGGAAAAAUUUCAAGCGGGGGAAAAAAAUUUCCACUGGAAAUGGAAUGGGAUUGAGAAUUAUUUGGGGCUUGAAAUUUCUAUGCUUUUACAAAGUACAGAAAUUUAAGCCAAAACCUAGUGAUUAUAAAUGGAUAGAGCCAGGUAAUUUUCAAGGACUGCAAAAUAAAGCUGGAUUCAUUUGAUUUUAUGAUAACCGAAAAAUUAAAAUAUAUACGCAAAUUAAAUAAAUAUGUGGAAUAGUUAAGCAUAUGUUUUAGUUAUUUAUGACUGUCAAUUUAUGUUUCUGCAAUAUUUUUAUCACAUUAACUGUGAAUUUACACUCAAAUCUAACACUUUUAUUUACAUUUUUCUUUUGGUUUCAAUACGCAAAUCACAACAUCCGUAGUGUCAUAGGUAAAAACAUCAUGGUAGAUCAGUUGUGCCAAUAUAUUAAAACUAAGUUUCAACUGCCUUGUUUGCAUCUUCUCCAUAGCAUAACAGGUCCUGUGUUUUUUGUUUAGUCCAUGGUCUUAGACAUGUUUUUUAAAUUUCUUUCCAGUUCCAGUACCUGUAAUGAAAAAAAGCAUUCUUGUUUCUUACUCAUUAUGGUUAAGACCAUAGAACUAAAUAUGGAUACAGAUUACAGACUGUGGAUGAGGAAUUUUUGAGUCCAUCAUGGAAUGUGUCCUGCGAAUGACCGUUGGUGCAUUGUUGUUUUGUAUGUCAAGAGUUUCAAUACAUGUGUUGAAUCAUUAUUUUACAUUUAAAAAUUUCAAUAAAAAAACAUGUGUUAUUCAUGUACGGUAAGUAGUAAACAAACCUGCAUUACAGUUCUGUGUGCAAUUUUUUUGUUGCCAAUGAUGUUCUCGUGUGUAGAAGAAAGAGAAUCUGUCCAUAUCGAAGUUUUAGUGUGCGGUUAAGACAUACCUCAUUUUUAAAAUGACAACAAUGUUAUAAUUGAGUUGAAUUCACCAAAAUGGAACAUGCCAUUGAUUCAAAGAGAGGAACAGUCACAAAAAAGAAAUGGUUGCAUCUUAAAUUUGAGUAAAGAUCUGUGAGAAUAUUUAUGUAAUUUGUUAACUUUGCAAUGAUCUUCACUGAAUUUUCAGGCACCAAGAAGUGUUAAUCCCAAGUGAAAGUAAAGUGCAUGUGUUCUGAGCAAGGAUGGAGAGAAUAAGCUAAGUAUUUAUUGAUUUCAUGUUUUAGAGUACAUAUUUUUGUGAUGUGUCAACUUGCUUGUAAGAAAAUAAGAGCAGUAUUAAAUUUUUUAAAAUUGUAUGAUUGUUUUGUUUACAUCAGGUUCGCUAUUUGCAUAGUUUAAAUUGUGUCAAAAUUAGUUGGGAUUUAACUUUGUCUGUCUCAGGAAAAAAAAUGUGAUGACUUAUUUAGUUUCAGAACCUUGAUUUAGUUUGUUUAUUAGAUUACCUUUGUAGAUAACAUUGUUUUCAUCACACUUUCAACAUAUUUUUUUGGGUUUUGUGCAUGAUAAGUGUCUUCAUUACCUACGUACCAUGGUUGGAGUCUGUAUCUUAAUCUUUGUAAUGGGUAGUUAGGUUCUUAGAAGAGUUACGUAUAUGUUUUCAUUUAUUGGUAUUCAGGAGCAGAUGUUUAGUUGAAUGUAGAAAAUAUUAACAUUUUGGAACUCCAAAGUAGCUGUUAAAUGACUGUAAUUUUUAUGCAAUAUGUUAAUAUACACAAGGAAAAAAUAUAUAUUUGUAGUACAAAA